UUAUGUUGCGGUUUAUGUUAAUUAGAAACAUGACAUUAUUUCAUACUUUGUCCGUGUUUGUGCUUAGUGCUUUUAUAUUUUCGGACGCAACCACGAACGAACCGAUAUGCUCAAAAUUUCAAUAUGAGGAACAACUACUAGGAAAGAUGGUUCGAUUUGAAGCUAAAAUGGAAAAGUGGGACGAAGACCUAAGACGAUUUGAGGAAACUAUGUUGUCUAUUUUAGACCGUCGUAGACAGGAAAUGAAAAAGUCACUCGAUCAGCAGAAUGAACAACUUGAAAAGGUUUCCAAGGAAAACAAGAAAAUACAGGAAACUCUUAGAUCUCAUACAACAGAGAGAUCCGACGCCCCUAUGAUAUCAUUCAAUGCAUACACAGCAACAGGCGGGAGCUAUCCUGAGAAUGGGGUCAUCAAAUUUCCUCAUGUUAUUUUAAAUGAAGGAGAAGGGUAUAACGCGACGACUGGAUAUUUUACGGCCUCACUUUCCGGCCUGUAUCUGUUUACAGCGCACGCAUGUCACCAACCAAACAAGUAUAUGGUCUUCUCCAUUGUCAAAGGAAACAGCACAAUUGCACUUAGUACAGUAUAUGAAAACUCUAGCGUCACGUGCGGUACGGCUGUUGCACCAGUCAAACUGGAAGUGGGUGAUAAAGUGUGUGUACAGUCACCGUACACCGCCAGCCAGAUGUUUACUAACAUACACAGAUGGCCGUCGUUCACUGGUGUUUUAUUGCAUGGCAUCCAACGAAAAGCAUGAAACACAAUUAAUGAAGUGCAAUGUACCUAAUAGUAUGUGAUUUAACACAAUGACUUUUCGUCUGUCCUUGUUUACUAAUAUACACAGAUGGCCGUCGCUCAAUGGUGUUUUAUUGCAUGGCAUCCAAAGAAAAACAUGAAACACAAUUAAUGAAGUGCAAUGUACCUAAUAGUAUGUGAUUUAACACGAUGACAUUAAACGGUCACAUGCAUUACACUUUCAUACAACUCUGUCCUUCGUUAUAACUCUUCUGCAAUUGUAUUGUGUCCUGAUGCUGUAUUAUAAGCUUCAUUAAACUUAAUGGUCUGCAUACAUUUGUGAAAUUAAACCUCUUUUGAAGCGACAAGACAACGUAACAUAUGUAAUAUUUUACGUACCAGUAUAACUUUAUGCUUCUCUUUAUCUUGUUAUACAUUUAUUUUGUAAAAGUAAUUUGCAUAUAAGCUAGUUGAGAAUACUUUCACUAAUGUCGGCAGUGGUUGUGGUCCCAUCCAGAAACUUGUAUAGAAAAUAUACAUUUAUGAAUUUAUGGAAUAUAUACAAUAAAAUAUGUUUUAACUAAAUUAUACAGUUUUCUGGACUUUGGUCCUUAAAGGAAUUGAUGUAA